AUGACACCUGCGAUCCUGGGGUUCUUUCGCCAGACGCCUGCAGCUUCGGUUGAGGUUGCCCACUCGCUCAGCUUGGGCGGCGCUAAAGCCGGCUGGAGCACGGCUAUAGAGUCCGGGAGGAGCUCACUCAUGGCCUGGGACUUGGAGACCCCAAAGAAGGAUAUGUAGCUGCGGGUGACCCCGUCGGAAGUGAAGUUCCUGGACGCGAUGGCAGGGAGGGUCUACCGCCUCCCAAUUACCGUGCACAAUCUCGGCCGAUACAGCCAGAAGAUCCGGUUUCAGGAGCCUGUCAAGCCACAGUUCAAACUGAUUUGGACCAAUCUGGAUAAAGCACUUGCUUCUGGCCUUCAGACAACAGCUAUGGUGGAAUAUCAUCCUGAUAAGAAUGAAGACACUUUUGACCAACUUCUUAUUUCAAUAGGAAAUAAAACAAUAGAGAUCCCUCUAAUUGGGUUGAUUCUAUCCUGUCAACUGGAAAUUGAGUCAGAUGUUAAUUUUGGGACAUUGGUUGCCAAUAGUAAAGUAUAUUGUAAAGAGAUUAAUAUCAUUAACCAUGGCAGAGUACCAGGUCUUAAAUCCAAACCCGUUUUACAAGUGAGUUUGCGAGAUCGCCCAGACAUAUUCUUGAAUAUCAAAGCUCAUGUUGUUGAGCAGAUGAUUGAAUUGUUAAACAUGAGUAAUGAUAAAACGUUGGAAAGCAUAAGCUUUGGUCCUGUUUUCUUUGGAAUGUCAAAGAUUGAACAUGCACUUCUAUACAAUAAUAGCCCAGAACCUAUAAAUUGGGUAGCCAUAACGCAAGAUGAUUCUGUUGGAGAAGAAUUGGGUACAAAUGUUCAACAAAGAACAGAUGUUGCUUUAAAUAAUCUAACCUACUUAAGGAAAAUAAAGAACAUAGAUAUUACCACAUUUAUCUCCUAUGUUCCUAAUGAAGGGAGGUUACAACCUUAUCAAAAGAUUUUAAUUACAUUUUGUUUCAGCCCAAAGCGAAUCAUUAAUGGUCAAAAGGAUGAUCCUUCACACAGGCAAGACUAUGCUCUCUUUUUGAGAUUUGAGUCUGUAGGAAGUAAAGAUGGAUUUUUGAGAGAUGAUAACAAUAAAACCAUCAAAAGUGAUCGAUUUCAGAAAGUAGAAUUAGCCCUAACAGGCUCAGGACUUCCUGUCUUAUUACAGUUUGAUCCAGGAAGGGUCCUUAAUUUUGCACCUUGUUUCAUGGGUGGACAUUCAGAGAUUCAGUGUAUUAUGCAAAAUCGAUCCAAAUCACUUCCUGUGAUGUACCGCUUUAAAAAAACUGCACAUUUUAAAAUUGAUCCUCAAAAGGGCAAGAUAGAUGAAGGAUAUAUGCAGAAUGUGACAUGUUUAUUCAUUCCACAUCAAGUUGGAGUCUUUAAAGUGAAGCAAUUUAUAGAGAUUAUUGGCUCAGUGACAGAUGAAAAUUUGCAGUCUUUGUCCCUGAAGACUCUCCAUCAGAUAUGUUUAUAUUUCAGUAGUGUCUGCAAACCUUCCACCAAGAAAGUUGUGAUGAAAAUUAAUCCUGGUAUAUCCCCUUUGAUCAGUAAUCCUAUGGGACAGUUUGUGGUGAAAGACUUGGCAAAAUACAAGGACCAUGCACCUGUCGCAAUGCUUCAAUCAACCACGACACACAUUCACAAUCAUAACACAAGUAAGGAGUUAAUAAAGGAUGCUCUGAUAGCCUUUCCCAAUGACCAAGCUGCAAGUAUCUGGUCUGGAGAAGAGCAUAAACAUUUCAGGACGAUUUUCACAAAGAUUCCAAGAUAUAACUUUGUGCAUCCUGAUUUUGCAUAUACUAAAUUUGAAAAAAUAGAAAAGAAAGCACAUGAAAAGUAUUAUGCAGGAUACAUUAAAUAUUUAAGAAAUGUGCGCCUGCAGAAAGAAGAACAGAGGAAACACAUGUACUCAUAUAAUGAUAUAGACAUAGGAUUCGUUUAUUGCACUGUUGAACCAUACUCCCUAUUGGAAUGUGAAGUGACAUGGCAGCCGGGUUUUGAUUCUCCGGAAAGGGGAGAAUUUAUUCUUCACAUCAAUGAAGGAAACACGCUGACACUGAAAUGUCUUGCACAUCUUGGUCACACCAAGGUCAUUCUUUUAGAGCCAAGGAUACUCUUCAGUGAUAGCCCUCAAGGUUUAACAACUUGGAGGAAAGCCAUUCUUCACAAUGUAGGACAAAACCAUACUUAUUUCAAGGUUUGUGACCAGAGUCUUUUGUCUGUGAUUGAUGUUGUUCCAUCACAGGGAAUCAUUCUUGGGGGGCUAACUGUUCUGAAUAUCUCCUGUACUCCUACCGUAGCAGGAAAAUUUGAUACAGGAGCAAAGAUUGCUAUUCGCUGUGCAAAAGACAUAGACCUUAGGAUUGGUGGAUCUAUUGAGAUUGCUGAUGUUGAAAUCAAUCCGGUUACCACGAUCUUGUUUUACGUAAUACUUCAAAAAAAAGAUGAAGAGUGGAAUUUCGAUAUUAGUAAUACUGGUAAACUUUUCGAAGAUGGCAUAUUCAAAUUUAGUGUACUGAGUAGGACUCUGUGACCAAUUGAAGAGUGUAAUGUUUCUAUAAAUUUCUAUCCAGAGCAGCCUAGAAAAUACACAGCUGAUAUUCCUAUAUAUUUAAAUGAUAAUCCAGUUUGCUAUCGAAUGUUAUGUCUGGUUGGAGAGGUAAAAUUACCGAAGUUAUUGUUUGACCCUCCUUUCAUAUUUUUUAAUCCUGUUCCUUUGGAUGUAACAACUAUGCUGGAUGUCAACAUUUUACCUCAAAACUAUUUCAGGGAUUCAAUUUUCAGUGUCCAGAUUUCCCCAACAAGGCUUCUUGAUGGUGGUGUGAUUCAACCUCUUUCUGUGAAUUUUCCAAAAGGCAGAGUCAUUAUGUGCUCUCCCAGUGGAAUUAAUGCUGCUCUCACCUCUCAUCUCAGCCUCAAAUCAUCUAAACCUAUGUCAUUUUUCACCAGUGUUCUUUUCUGCGAUAGCAGGGAUAAGUGUUUAUAUUUAUUUGUGAGUAAUCCUUGUGAGCUCUGCCCAAGGUACUGGGCAAAGCUGAAAGAUGAAGGUGAAAGAAUAGCAGGAGCAGAUUAUGAGAGUCUUGCACAAUCUGCUUUGUUAUCCAUGAAUGUUAUUCCCUCUGAGAGAUGGAUAGUAAAUUUUGACAGAGACCUUUUAGAUGGCCUUGUUUUUGCAACACUGUUAGGAGCCUAUUGCCUGUUUUUGGUUGAGUCUCAUUUUGUAAAUGUGUACACACAAUUGAGAAGUUCUGAAUGGUAUCUGCACAAUUGCCUGAUUAUUGUGAAAGUUCUUCGUGAAAUUGGCUUUGACAUGGACAUACAGGCUACUGACAUCUGUGAUCCCAAUCCAAUCCUGAUGCUCAUGUUUUGUGUCUGCAUGUAUGAAAGACUUCCUGCAUAUCUCCCCAAGAAGGUGGUGCCCUUUCGUUGUACUCUUCAUGACACUGUGUUGAGAGAGAUUCUACUGAAAAAUUCAAGCUUGAAAAACUUAGUGUAUAAUGUUACAAUUAUCGGAAGAGAUGCCACUGACUUCUCCCUCUCCCAAGGGAAGGUUGUGACAGUUUCUCCAAAAUCAACAAAUCCUACUUCAUAUAUUAAUGUGUUAAUGAUGGCAAAUACUCUUAUUACAUAUUACAACGAUGAUAUGAGAAUAGCUGUGUCAGCAACUAUAAAAUGCAAAUCUCCAUGUUAUAAAUGGAAAGAAAUCACUGUGAAUGUUAAAAAUCCCUUCCACGCUGCUGGGGACUUCAGUGUCAUUUUUGUGGAAUCCUCAACUUUUAUCUCUUUGCCAUCCCAAUUAACUGAAGUUGGAGAAUUUGUUGACCACAUGAAUGAUGGGCACAUGGUAAUAUUGCACUUCCCCACUAAUGUUGAAGUUAUCCAUGAACACAUAACUCAGUCGGCCAAUGGCAUAACCCUAGCAACUCCCAUAGUUACUAGGAUCGCCUGUAAAGAAAAGGCCCCAGUUACAGAUGGAUCUGUUUCAGUUCCUUUACGAUUUGUUCCUCUCAGUCCUGGACGCUAUCCUUGUAAAAUCUUGUUGACAUCAAGGUAUGAUGUGCGUGUCUAUUGCAUUGAAGGUGUGGUAAAUGAAGAACGUCCAGAGGCCAGAUUUGAUUUUGCAACACCAGCAUUUGAAGCCCUUACCCAGAGUAUUCCAACAAAUAAUAAAACAAAGAAUGAAUGGAAAUGUCAAGUUACUAUAGAAGGAGAGUGGUUUUAUGGACCUCCCGUUUUACAUGUUGGACCAAGUGAGACUGUGAAUUAUCCUCUCACAUUCAAACCUAUUUUGGAAUGUGAGAUUAUGGGCAAACUUACUCUACAAAAUGAAGUAGAUGGUAUGGAGCAUAUCUUUGACAUAAAAGUGAUUGGAAAAAGACGGCUGGCCUUGGAACACAUCACCGUAGACUGUCAAGUGGUGGAGAUAACAAAUAAACCCAUAAUGGUGCCCAAUUAUACAACAAGCAUCCUAACAUUUAAGGUGUCCUCAGAUCUUCUGAUGGUGUGGGGAAACCCACACAUCACCAUAGACCCUGAUAAUGCAAUUCCCUAUAUUCUACACGUAUGCCCUUAGAAACAUGGUAUAUUCAAAGAUGAUGCUAUUAGCAAUUUACAAAUCUGGUAUUAUCUUGAAAUCCAUAUUGCUCCUGGACCACCCUUAAACACUAUUGAAGUGAAAUGUAUUGCUCUGGAGAGUGUUUGUAUUGAAAUACGUCUCUUUAAUCCAAAAGAGAAAAUCAUUCACUUAGAUGUGCUGUUAUCGAGUGCUGCUGUUAGUGGACUCAAGGAACUUGUACUAUUUCCACUAGAUUCUCUCAACUGUGUUAUACGGUAUUCUCCAGCGACUACAGGCUACAGAGAAGAAAGGUAUGACACAGAAAUACAUUGUGACCUUGGAAAGUUUGUCACUCAGAUAAUUCCUACACACGAAACCUUAGAAUUGCAAGCAACAAACAGUAAUCCUGAUAAUUUUGUCCUGGAGAUGAACAGAUCACCACUGAUCAUACCACCUCACUCCACCAAAGACAUGUCUGUUCACUUUCGUCCUUCUGCUCUUGGAAGAGCUGGUCAUCAGACUUCUAUCACCUUCCACUGUGCUCAGUUUAAAGAAUGGAUAUUCUACAUCUCUGGAAUAGGACUAUUCCCCCAGCCUCUAGAAAUAGAAAGAAUGACCACAUACCUUCGUCUUCAAUCAUCUGUUCUUAUACCUUUCCAAAAUCCCACCAAAGAAGAUGUUUUAAUCGAUAUCAUACUAACAGGUCAGGAGAAGCACAAGCGUCUUGUCCUGGCUCCAUACUGGGACAGCUUCCUCAAAGAGACUUCUACCUUCAAGCUUAGUGGUCUGAGUCACACAAAAGGAAUUACAUUGCCUCCUAAAGGGACUGUAGAUAUCCAGGUGUUAUUUAUGCCCCAGGUUAUGAAAUUACAAAAAACAAUGGUCAUUGUUCAAAUGAAGAAGGCAAGUGGAGAAAGAUGGCCUAUUGACAAUUUUAAAGAAUUGCACACAGAGGUGAAAAGAGCUUUGGGGAUAGACAGUGAAGAAAUCCCAGGAAUAUGCUGGAUAUACCCUAUUCUUGGAUUCCCACAGGCACCACAUCCUAAAUGCCCCCAAGUUGUCAUAAAAUGUCAGUCCAGGAAGCGGGUAGAAGAGGAGGUGGAAGUCACAUUGGAUGGAGGUUUCUGGGGACAAAAUCCUUUCUUAGAUCUGACAGACUUUGUAGUGAUUCCAAAAAGAAAAUCAUAUGAUUCUUAUGAAGAUAUCAAAGAUAUACUUGUAAAACGUGAAUUUGAAUACGAAAUUCAAUUUGAAUCUGAAGUUGCAAAGGCUAAUUUGGAAUCCUGCAUGGCUUUAUGUUACAUUAAAAAAUCUUAUAAUAUCAAGGCUGAAAGGGUAGCAUUGGUCUUCAGUCAGAUAUUUGCACCAAAGAAACCAUUGAGAAAUCCCGAGCCAUUCACAGCAUACUUCCUACCUGGCAGUGAUCCUGAGUUUUUCGUAAAACCUCAGGUUGGAGAACUUCUUCCUUUUGACACUGAAGGAACUCUAACCGUUGUGGGUUUUAAACCCAAAAUGUACAGCAGGAAAUACAAAGCAACAUUAGCAAUACAGAUCUUAGAUAAAAAUAGAUGUCAUUUCACAAAUUCCCUAAAACCAUUCUUUACUAUUCCAAUUUGGCAGGUCCGGCAAGUGACUGAAUUAAGGAGACCUGCCUGCGAACUUCACGAGGGAGCCUCGCGGGCUCCGCCCCUUCACCUCUCAGCAUCCGAGCAAAUCAUGCCCGUCUGGACCGGCAAGCACCGCAGAAAACUGCUUCAGAGGCUGUGUCUGCCGGGUGUGAAGGGAUAA